AUGAUCUCAAUGACAAUGGCCACCACGGCUGUUUUCCUUACUUUUGUUAAGGAGGACCGAAACAAUUUAUUCAGGAAAGCAAAAGAUGGAAUUAAAAGUACUAUCAAGGAAGCAGCAUGUAUAGCUGAUGAGGAAACAAACAGAAGGCAAGAAAGUCUUCACCAAAGAACGGCAACAAUGGCCCCUGCACAGCUGUUGGCUUUUUCCAGAAAUCCAGAACAAGAGACUCAGGCUGUCUCUCAAGCAGCUGAAAGAAUGGAAGCUUCAGUCCAGGACUUGAAAGAAAAGCUUAACCAAAAGCAUAAACGGUCUUUGCUUCCAAGUGAUCUAAUAUCUGCAGAUGUUCUAGCUGUGAUUGCCAAUGUCUCAGGAUGCCUGCCUUACAUGUUGCCACCAAAAUGCCCAAACAAUUGUAUGACCAGCAAAUACAGACACAUCACUGGAGCUUGCAACAACAGGGAACAUCCUAGAUGGGGAGCUUCCAACACAGCUCUGGCUAGAUGGCUGCCUCCAGCUUACGAAGAUGGACUAAGCCAACCCAAAGGAUGGAAUCAUGGUUUCUUACAUAAUGGAUUUCCAUUGCCAUCGGUGCGUGAAGUUACAAGAAAAAUUAUUGAGGUGUCCAAUGAGGAUGUUACUGAAGACGAGCUACAUUCUGAAAUCAUCAUUGUGUGGGGUCAGUACAUAGAUCAUGACCUCGCCUUUACCCCUCAGAGUGGGAACCGACUUUCCUUUCAGGGAGAGGUAAACUGCCAACUAACAUGUGAAAACCAAGAUCCAUGUUUUCCAAUACAGGUUAAUGCCAAGGAUACAUUCUCCACUAGCAUGGACUGCAUGCCUUUUUACCGUUCCUCUCCUGCAUGCACCACUGGUCACCAGGGAGUUCUCUUAGGAAACCUAUCAGUCUUAACUCCAAGGCAACAGAUUAACAGUCUUACCUCCUUCCUUGAUGCAUCUACUGUUUAUGGCAGCACAACUACAGCAGAGCAUAAACUGAGGAAUCUGACAAGCAAAGAAGGCCUCCUGAGAACAAACAUGCACUAUUUUGACAAUGGCCGUGAAUACCUUCCUUUUGUUGACAAAGUGCCUUCUCCUUGUGCUCAGGACCCCAAAGCUGAUAAAGCAGAAAGGAUUGAAUGCUUUACGGCAGGGGACACCAGGUCAAGCGAAGUCAUUUCGUUGGCAGCCUUACAUACGCUGUGGUUGCGAGAGCAUAAUCGGCUGGCAAGAGCACUGAAGAGGCUUAAUCCACACUGGAGUUCUGAAUCUGUCUAUCAAGAGGCUCGCAAAAUUGUUGGCGCUCUGCAUCAGAUUAUUACCCUAAGAGACUAUAUCCCCAAAAUCAUUGGUCCAGAUGCUUUUAACCAAUAUGUUGGUCCUUAUAAAGGCUACAAUCCCACAGUAAAUCCUACAGUAGCCAAUGUAUUUUCUACAGCAGCUUUUCGCUUUGCUCAUGCUGCAAUUCAUCCAGUAAUAAAGAGACUUAACACUCAGUAUCAGGAUGACCCAAAUCUUCCUAAUCUUCAACUGCAUGAAGUUUUUUUUACUCCCUGGAGACUCAUUAAAGAAGGUGGUUUGGAUCCCUUACUAAGAGGAAUUUUGGCAACACCUGCAAAGCUACAGGUGCAAGAUCAGUUGCUGAAUGAGGAGUUAACGAAGAAACUCUUUGUGCCAUCUACUAAUGGUUCACUGGAUUUAGCAUCAUUAGAUUUACAACGAGGACGUGACCAUGGGCUUCCAGGUUACAAUGACUGGCGAGAAUUCUGUGACUUGCCAAGACUAAGGACUGAAAGUGACUUUAUAACAGUGAUGGAAAACAGAACAGUUGUCAGAAAAAUCAUGGACCUGUACAGGAAUCCCAACAACAUUGAUGUCUGGUUAGGAGGUAUAGUAGAAAGCCUGCUUCCGAAUGCUACAACAGGACCAUUGUUUGCAUGUAUAAUUGGAAAGCAAAUGAAAGCACUGAGAGAUGGUGAUCGAUUUUGGUGGGAAAGCAGUAAUGUUUUUACCGAAGCGCAAAGACGUGAACUUGGAAAAUAUUCUUUAUCCAGAUUAAUCUGUGAUAACACAGGCCUCACUGAGGCUCCUCCUGAUGCCUUCAUACUUGGAAAAUUUCCUAAAGAUUUUGAGUCUUGUGCAAAUAUACCCAGCAUGGAUUUAGGAGCUUGGCAGGAAACUCUCCAACCAGAGUUGACUUGUAGCUUCCCAGCAAGAGUGGAACACGGUGAUUUCGUUUAUUGUUUAGAUGCUGGAAAACUCAUGGUUACUUACUCAUGCCACCAAGGGUACAAACUAUUUGGAGAAGAACAGCUCACCUGUACAAAGGGAAGGUGGAAUGCAAAACCCCCCACCUGCCAAGACUUCAAUGAAUGUGAAAACAAAAUCAGUCACCCAUGCCACUCCUUGGCUAAAUGCAUGAACAUCAAAGGCACCUUCAAGUGUCUUUGUGCAGAUCCUUAUGAACUGGCAGAAGAUGGAAAAACAUGCAGAGAUUCUGGAAGGCUUUCCAGUAGCUCCCUCGUCUCCAUAAUUUUAGGUAUAAUUGUGGUUUGUUGUUUGGUGGUGCCAAGCUGGUUUGUGAUUUGCCGUUGGUAA